CGUGAUCGCCGCUUGAAACUGCACACAAUAAGUAGUGUCAAAAAGCAGUCCAUGUAGAUCAUUCUUGAUACUUUAUAUGCUAGAGUGAUAUUGUGUGUUAUGCUACGACUGUGAGGAUACCCGCAAUGUCUUUAUCCGAUGAAGCCCGGGCUAGAAAACCACCCGUCGUCAUGAGAGAAGGCCGAGAAAAAGGUGGCCCAGUAAGUCGAAUGCAAUGGUUCAAGAAAAGGAUAUCGGCUAGUCUUGGAAGACUGACUGUGAUCAAGGAUGAGCCAGCCCAGGAGAUGAACGGGGAGACGGAUGGUCGGCCGUGUGGCGGGCAGCGGUCGAGUGCAGCGAGCCUUGAGAGUCGCUCGCUGUCCUGUCUCGUCACCUACCAGACGAACGGUGUCGAACACAACCACGACGCGCUCUCGCGCUCACACAACGAGGUACGGCUCGCGCUCCGUACACGUAGUGAAUCACGAUCGAGUCCGCCGGACUCACCCUUCGGUAAGAUGAACUCGUACAAGAAGUUGGAACAACUAGGGGAAGGCUCCUACGCAACCGUCUUCAAGGGCAUGAGCAAGUAA